AAGGGAGUGCAGUCCUUUAACCACACACUGCGCUGCCUAUGGAGCCUGGAAUUGGCUCCACCUUUGUGAGUAUUCAUUUGUGAAGUACUUGUUGGGAAUUCUCAGUAUAUAACUGUAUUACCCUAUGUCCAAAUUUCUUCUGAGCCAAUAUCUAGGACAUGUUAAGAAAGUUUCCAGUAUACAGAAGGGAAGGUUCGCCUCCACGGACCUGCAAGCUGUCUCCACUAGAGCUAAGUCUUUUAGCUCAUGAAAGUGUGAUUGCAUGGAGAUAAUUGGAGGUUAUGAAGUUAAACCUCACUGUAGACCAUACAUGGCAUUAUUAAACACAAGCAAUAGCAUGUGUGGAGGGACAUUGAUUAAAGCUAACUGGAUAUUAACUGCUGCUCAUUGUUGCAUGACUGACAAAACAAUAGUUGUGCUGGGUGCUCACAACAGGCUUAAAAGGGAAAAAGAACAGAGAAAAUUUAGAAUUCUAAGAGCAGUUCGACAUCCUGAAUAUAAUUUUGAAACGAAUAACAAUGAUAUUCAACUUGUACAGCUGUAUGGCACUGCAAAGCUGAACAGAAAUAUAAAAACUCUUUCAAUUGAAAACACUGAAAACGAUUUGAAAAAUGGGACCAUAUGUACCACUGCAGGCUGGGGAGUUACUGAAGAAGGCAGUAAGAAAUCAUCAGAUGUUCUUCGAGAAGCUAUACUACAAAUUGUUGAUAGAAAUAAAUGCAAAGCAGUCUAUCAGAAAAUCGGCGCUGAAAUAACCACUGAUAUGCUUUGUGCACAAGGAGCUAAAAGCAAUGAUGACUCAUGCCAGGGUGAUUCUGGAGGACCUCUCAUUUGUGAUGGUAAACUGAGAGGAAUUGUGUCUUUCGGUAUUGGAUGUGGCAGACCUGGUAUACCAGGAGUAUACACAAGACUGACAAAUUAUAUCAACUGGAUAAAUUACAUUAUUAAUCGUGCUGAUUAAAGCUUUAUUAAUUGCUUGAUCUGUUAUUAGUUCAGAUCUCAGUAUUCCCUCUAUCUGGGCUGUCUUAUGUUACUCAUUCAUUAUAUCAGCUUUAACAGCUUGUUUUUAUAUGACUGGAAUAUUCAUGU